GGACCUGCAGGGCGGCCCCGCGCCGCGGAGAGUCUGUUCCUCCUACGCUGACUGAUUGCCCCUUUCCUGGAACGUGCAAACGUUCCAUUUAGAGCCUCGAAUCACUUUGUCGGCACCCCGCGGUGACGGCAGCGGCGAGGCACACAGGCUGUUUGAGUGGCUCGGGGCUACGCAAGUCCGCGCUCACGGGGGCAGACUGCCGCGGGGGAGAGGGGGCGUCGCCGUGGCCCCCCUGGGCUUUGAGCUAUGAGUGACUAGCUCCUCAAUCACCUGUUCGGGGGCGUCGGGAGCUACUCCGCGGCUGCUUCCCAGCGGCGGACUCUGUGUCGCCUCAAGUGCUCGUUGUUGAUGUUGCUGGUGCCCGUUGCAGGCGCCGCCCUGCUGGUAGCCGUCGGCCAGCUGAUGGCCACAGCACUGGUCCCGGGCCUGCCGACUCCAGGGCUGCCGCCCACCACAACUCAGGCGUCGACGGACGCCCCGCACCUGGCCUCGCCCUUGGCGGGCGAGGGCAGCACGGUCUCCUCUUCGCCGACGCCGAGGUCCGCGCCCCUCUCCACCAGACUGGCCGUCGUCAGGCCACACGCGGCGUGGCCGCUGUCCAGGACGACGCCCACGCCCGUCACCAGCCUCGUGCUGACCCCGCACCCCGUCCGCCGGCCACCACGCCGCAGCCUGCGCAGGUAUCGCACGGCGGACCUCCCCCGAGACAGGAGUCCCAGGGUCACCACGGUGACCAGCCCCACCACGUUGAGCAGCCCCACCACCCCUAGCAGCCCUACAACCCCAAGCAGCCACACGACGACCAGCAGCCCCAAGGAGGCGCGGCCCACCACCACCACCAGCCUGAUUAGCUUGGGCAGCUCGAGACCCGUGGAGGCUGGGGCGCACCCCCGGGACGACCGAGGAGGGCGAGCUGUGUGGGGCACACCGGCCGACAACGUGUCUCCCAUGGAGGACACCUCCGGCGAGCAGUACUACAGGCGGUACUACACGAGCGACGUGGCCAGCGCCCCCGCCAGCAACACGUCCUGGUGGUCCGCGGUGCAGACUGGGCUGCCCAUCCUGGGACAGGGCCUGGGUGGUCUCGGUCAGGGCCUGGGGCAGGGCUUCACGUCGGCGCUACGGCGUGUCAGCCACCACCACCCGCCGCACAGGCCGUUUGUGACCGCGCACUGGGAGGACCCCGACUACGGGGACUCGGCCAGCGGAGGCUCCCAGCAGGUCGUGGCCGUGGGACACCCACACCAGCACCAGCACCCGUACCCGCCGCACCAGCCCGUGUACUACGUGUCGGACCAGAACAAAAAGGAGGACACCUGGAGCGAUCUGACGACCAAGCUCAUCAUCCUGGCCGUCAUCAAGCUUCUCAUCGUGAAGGCCCUCAGCGUGGGUGCCUUCAAGCUCUUCACCAUCGGCAUUGUGAAGAUCCCCAUUAUCUUCGCGCACUUCGCCCUUAAGUUCGCGUUUGCAGUCAAGUUCUUCAAGGUUAUCAAGGUAUUCCUGGCGGUGCUCGUCAUCCCCGUGAUCCUCAUCGCCGUGGUGCCGCUGCUGCUGCCGAUCCUUAUCCCGCUCGGUCUGCUCCUGAUCCCGCUGCUGCUGCUCCCGCUACUGCUCCUGUUCCCCGUGCCGGUGCUCACGCCAGGCGGGGCGGGGGGAGGCACGGUCAUCACCAUCACCCCCGGACGACGGCGGCGAGAGGAGGAGGAGGAGGCCCUGGCGCAGCUCGAGUCCCGCGUGGCAGACUCUCGCCGCUGCCUCCAGAAAAUGGCCUGCGACGUCGGGUACCGGAGCCAGGCCGUCAAGGGGUACGCCGACUGGGUCAUGUGGCUGAUGGGGCUGAUAAAGCCGAUCCUGGGCGAUGCCAAGCGCAACCAGCUCAAGGGGUUCAUCACGGCGUACAAGGCGGGGCUCGGGGGCCGCUCCUGCUACCGGAAGUACCCGUGCUACGCCAACAACAUGAGCACCAAGCGGGCGAAGGGCGCCAGCAGGAGGGUGGACGGCGGCGCGAACGCCAGCAACAGGACGUCAACCGGCCACGACGCCACCGUCGGCAAGUCGUCCCAAGAGGUGGACAGCGGCAGCGCGAGCAUCGAGGAGCGCAUCAUCUACGACCCCGUCAACGGCAACAGCACCAGCAUCACCGAAUAGGGGCGAUACGGACUUCGGGUUGCGGUAGUACCCGCUCAACCCCGAGCUGCAGCAGUUCUUCGCUCGCGGCUUAAAUCCCCGAGAGGAAGGUGUCAGAAUUGUGAUCCUUCGGAGGUCCUCUUUCUGCAUUAGGAUCGUUAUGUCAGAUCCUCCAUAGCGCACCCUCUCUCCUGCCCCUGUGCGGGAGCGUGGUAGGCGAUGGCAUGCCUAAGGACGACGUCGGACUGGUGUCUGCGCGGCCUACCUAGUACCCCCACUAGACGGCCCUCUCCGCUCCCGCAAAGCUGUUGACAGGCAAUGGGGGGUCAUCCCCCAUUUCACCUUUUAGUAUUUCAUUUAUCGUUUUGCUAAUUGCUCUCUGACCAUCCAGGAGAAAGGAGUCAGUGCGACCGGCGUGUGCAUUUUGGCAAAAUCCCGUAGUAUUCAACUAGAAAGAGGUGAUGAGUAAAACCUCCAACCUCCGAAAAUUUAGGAUUUCUCCACGAUGCACCGUUAACGACUUGCACAACUCCUGCUCCGGGGGCGCAGAAGAGUGUUCAAAUGCGUCUCGCAACGUUAUGGGGGUUCCGGAGGGUUCGCACUCACGCCAGUCCGCCCAGCCCAAUGGCGUCGAAGGUUCUUCUAUAGCCUAAAUAAGUAGUAACAAAAUUAUUUUUUUUAUUGACUGGUAAUAAAGUAUUAUUAAGGUGACUCCCGAGCUUCCAGCGCAUUAAACUCUAGCCCCCUCUCGAUCCCACCAAACCUCGCUUUUCUCAGCUCCCUGGAAGUAAAACUGACAGAAGCAGUAAAAUGGCUAAAGGCCCCUCGGCAAACCCGCGCCGGGCGGCGGCGCCGGCCGUCCUCGCGGGUAUGGAGACUUGCGGGCGCACCCGCCCCGCCCCGGCCGUCCCGCCCAACGCAGCUGGGUGUUCCGCCUGAUAGGCUAGAAAGUGAGGCCAGCGUAUG